GAUGCGGACAGAGACGCGAAGGGCCCCUCGCCAAGAAAGGGCGAACCAAUCUCGGAGGUGCAUGAUGCCUUUAGUUGACUGUCGACCGUCGUCUUGACCAGUUCACGUUCUCCCACGCAUUCGACUCUCAUUUUGGUGCCCUUUUAUUUUAGAACGCUGUGCACAUGCUGCAUUUCACGAUGUUCACAUCGCAAUCGGAUUAAUUGACAAUGGAUAAUAUCCUGAUUUUGGAGAUUGUCUGAAAAUAACACAAGCAACAUAAAAAAAAAAACGAAUUUCAAGGAAUCAUACAUCGAAGGAGAUUUUAAAAGAGAAAAAUGGCUCCUUCACCGGUAACGAUGGCCACCCUUUCUCGUGAAUACGGCCAGACAUCUGAACAUCAGCAAGCCCGCGUGACCGAGCACUCGCCUCAUCAUCAUCAUCAGAUCUUUGCUCCAAACACCAAAGGUCUCCUCAACGCUCCCGGACAAAACAAUUGCUUCCUCAACAGCGCCGUCCAGGUUUUGUGGCAUUUGGAUAUUUUCCGACGGAGUUUCCGCGACCUGACCGGUCACGCUUGCCUCGGCGAAUCGUGCAUCUUUUGCGCCCUCAAGGAAUUGUUUGCCCAAUUGCAGUACAGCCAUGAAUCGGCUCUGCCGCCGGACGCGCUCCGACGGGCACUGGCCGAAACAUUUCUCAACCAGCAACGAUUCCAGCUCGGUUUCAUGGACGACGCGGCCGAAUGCUUUGAAAACAUUUUACUGCGAAUCCAUUUCCAUUUGGCCAGCAACGAGGCCGAGGAUCAGUGCGCGGCCGGCCACUGCAUCCCUCAUCAGCGGUUCGCCAUGACAUUGGUGGAACAGUCCGUCUGCGCCGCUUGCGGCGCCACAUCCGAGCCUUUACCCUUCACCCAGAUGGUGCAUUACGUCUCGGCGUCGGCUCUGACGUCACAGGCACGCCAGCCGGCCAAUAUAUCGGAGACGGGGUCACCGGCCGGCCUCUUUGGCCGUCUGCUGAAACAGGCCGGAGGUAUGGGCGACAUCCGAGACUGCCCCAGCGCUUGCGGCGCUCAAAUUCAAAUUUGCCGGACGUUGACGAACCGUCCGCAAAUCGUCUCGGUCGGCAUCGUCUGGGACUCUGAGCGACCGCAACUGGACCACAUCAUGUCCGUCUUUGCUCUGGUCGGCACCAGUCUCCAGUUGAGGGACGUUUUCCAAUCGGUGACGGACUCGCGAUGGGCCGAGAUGACGACCCACCGUCUUGUGGGCGUCGUCACUUACUACGGCAAACACUACUCCACCUUCUUCUUCCACACGAAACUCCAGCUGUGGAUCUACUUUGACGACGCGUCCGUCAGCGAGGUGGGGCCCGAUUGGCAGCACGUCGUCGACAAGUGCCGCAGGGGACAUUUUCAGCCUCUUUUGCUCCUCUACGCCGAUCCGGAAGGCACCGCCGUACCCACAGCCACGGCUCCAUCCGCCAUCACGCCCGUUGGAGCCAAGCCACGGCCUCAUCAGUACGGAUCGCUGUCCAGGCCGAGGAGCAUCACGCCCAAUCCAAUGCCAGUGCAGCAACAACAGCCGCAGAAUUACAAUGUCCGGAGGGCCAUCACGCCCAACAUGGAACUCAUCCAACAUUCGUUGAACAGACGCCCGGCUCCGUUACCUCAACAACAACAAGACUUCCGAGAUUAUCAAAACAUAUCCGAUCUGGAGGGCAUCUUCCAUCAACCCGACGAAGUUUUCCACGAGCCCGUCUACAUCCAGAGGCAAACGGUCGAAUCCAUUCUGCGCGCCCAGCAACAAUCCGCCUUACCGGCUUCGGAUCCCGAUUUGAAAAUCGCCAUGCUCCCGGGCGCUAAUAUGCCACGAUCGAGGGACUCUGGCAAUUGGAGUGGCGAUCGAAACAGCGCCUCUUCAUCAUCCAGCACGUCUAUGGAUAAUCCUUACCUGUACAUGAUGAACAGAAAUCAAAGGCCGCAAAGUAGCAGUUCGACGAACAGUUCACCAUCGAAACCGGGCGACCCGAACUCAUUGCCGCAACACCUGGGCGCAUUUCACGGCGAUCCUGGAUACGAUUCGUAUUCGUUAUCGUCCAACGACAGUUACCCGCUGCAGCAGAGUUUGAAACACACUCUCCAGUUAUCACAGAUACCCGAGGGCGGAAACAACAGAUGGCAGACCAGAGUCCCUGGGCCGUACCCACCGGCUGAUGCUGGCGGAGCCGACGAAUGCGAGCGACUCUGCCUCGAGGCGGACCACCUGCUGGAACGAUCUCGAGUCCAAGAGGAGCAAGGCGACCUCGAAGCCGCUUUCAAUUUGUGCCAAUCGGCGGCACAGCGGAGCCGGGCCGCCAUGGACGCGCCCUACAACAAUCCGCAGACGCUCGUCUUUGCCCGGAUGAAGCACAACACGUGCGUCAUGCGAGGCAGGAGCCUCCACAGGCGUCUCUUACAAGCCAGUCAGUCAGCCGGAUUCUAUGAUGGAUCGAAUGCCAAUCACAAUGGCGUUGCUGUGAUGCCUAGCAUCGACGAACCGAGGCACAGCCGUCAGAGCAGCCGAGAUUCGAAUCGCAGUGGCCGACAACAGCCGCCACCGGCUAUUCAGGCCCCGCCUCCGAUUGCGGCCGGGCCGGCGCAGUCUUCGUCUAACAUCCAGUCCGGCAGCGUCGGUAAAAACAUUGAAAUCUACGCCACUCUGCCGAAGAAGAGGGGCAAGAAAGCGGCCGAAAUGCUGCGCGAUGCCGACACGUCAUCCAACGCCAUCUCGCGAGACGAACAGCAACCACAGCCGGUUGAAAGGCAAGGCAGGUCCGUUUCGGCCGGAUUUGCUGGCGUCAUGAUGAGGCGCGAGAGGGCCAAAAGUGAGGAGCGUAACAAGAGCAAACCGGUGCCCAUUCCGUCGGUGGCCAGCGUGGCGCAGGACGACCUGGAAGUGAUGAACGGCGACGGAUCGAGCGACAAUUCGUCGAGACAAUCGCCCGGCAAGAAACAGCACCGAAUCCGGCGGAGGCUCCUCAUGGGCGGCCUCAUCAAGAGGAAGAACCGAAGUCUGCCCGACCUCAGAGCCGACGACGAAGACGGCCAUGACCAGCAGGUGAUGGACCCGGAGGAGGACGAACAACUGGGCCUACCUCCACCCAUGGAAGACAUUGGCAAUCCAAAUCUAGAGAAGAGCAAGCUGAUGCGGAGGAGCUUCCAUGCCAGUUUGGGCCGCAAUUUCCAGCAGCAAAUGGGGCCCAAUAAAGUACCUCCUCCUCCGCCCGUCCGCAAGACGUCGCAUUUGACUCCAGCGCCUCUACCGGCGCAACAGCAAUACGACAAUUACGCCGACAGUCAAAUCACGGUGCACGCCGACAUCCAUCACGAACGGACGCUUAGUGAUUUGGGUAUCGGUGCUCCAUUUGAUCCGCUUCCGCCUUAUCCGGUCGUCGAGCACGUCCGGCAAGCCAGUGAUGAUUUCCCGCCACCUCCUCCGCCACAGGAAUUGCAAUUGCUCAGUUGCGAUCCCGAACCUCCCAGACAAGAAGAAGAAGAAGCAAACAACGAACCCAGUGGAUUGUUAGCAGCUCUGCAGAGAAAGCGGAAGGAGAUCCUCGGUGCUGGAAAUAAUAUGCCACCACCGAUGGCACCGAUGCUUCCGGCUGUUCCAUCCACAACUACUGCCCCGGCCAAUAGUUGGUUAAAAGAACUGCAAAGUACUUUGCAAAACAAGAAAAUGGGCGUGUCCAUACCGACGCCCGUAGCCCAGCCCGUAGCUGAGACUCAGCCGGAAGAGACUAUCAACAAGUCUGUCCGGAAGCUGGCUUCUCGUUUCGAACAAGUGAAGAUCUCUCCAGUGACUUCAAGCGAUGUCGUCGAUCACGCCCCUCGUGUCCAGCAAUCGCAGCCUCCGCAGCCAUUGGCCUGCCAAAUCCAGCCAAAGGUUCAAGUCACCUCUCUCCCGCCUGCCGCUCCGGCCGGUAUCCUGGAUCGCAAGCGACGAUCGGGUGACGGCCAGACGAAGAAGAAGAGCGUCACUUUCUGCGACCAAGUCAUUUUGGUCUCGACGGCCGAGGACACGGAACAAGACGAGACGUACGUCCCCAAUCCCAUCCUCCAGCGAGUCCUCCGCUCCGCUUACCAGCAGGAGAUGGUCAAAGAUGGCCAGCGACCGGAAUCGAACGUCGCUCAGCCACUCGUUUCACCCAAUUUCUCUAACGGAACGGAUGAGGUGGAUCGUCAAUCUUUAGCUGCUAGACCCCCACAGCCACCGUAUCAAAAAUUGCCCGCCAACAGCCAAGUCUUCCAGCCAACUCAGCACUACGUCCCGCAAGUAACGCCAUCUUACCAUCAACAGCAGCACCAACAGUACCAACAAUCAUCGUCGCAGCCAAUGCGAGCCGGAUACGGCGUUCCACCUUCACCCAUGAUGGGCCAAAGGAUUGGGCCUCCGUCCAGCUCUGGAGCACCGCCAUCUUACGCCCCGCCUCCGCAGUAUCCGCAUCAUGCCCGAGGACGUUUUCAGCCGCAAAACGGUGGCGCUAGUAACAACAACAUGAUGCAACAGCCUCCGGUUAAACAAAAUUACCCGCAACAGCAUCCGAUGGAUCAGAAUAGACCCCAGCAAAUGGGACAAUCCGGCCCGUGGCAGCCGCAGCCACAAGGGGCUGGCCUUCAAUCGAAUAAUGGCGGAUAUAAUCCGUGCAGUUUGUGCGGGAAGAAACAAGUGCCGUCCAGUUACCAAUAUUGCUCCGAUUGUCAGUUUUACAUGCAACGUUUCCAGCCCAAAGUAUGAUUUCGCUAAUGGGACAUUGAAGCUAUUAUUAUUAUAAGUAUUUUGUUGUUGAAUCUGCACUUGUGUUUGGCAACUCUCGAGAUAUUAAUCCAUUAUUUGGUUGAUCUCUUUUAACACUCACUGUCUGCGCUCAUUUUUGUAUUCAGGCAGGCAACGGUGUUUUAAAUUUGUUUGUUUGCUUGUUUGUUUUUUUUUCUGCCUUAUGACGAUUUAAUUUUUCAUGAAAUAGUGUUAGUUUCGAUAAUGGAAUUCGAGUAUCUCACAUUUUUGCUUGUACAUAACGUGCCAAAAUAUCUUUUAUGUACAUCAACGCAUGUUUAAGACAAAUAUAAUACGAAAAUGGUAUUCUUA